AUGAGUGGAGGUGAUCCUAUUGGCGUUUCUGGUUGUGACGCACCUGCAAAGCCUCCAUCUUUGAGGUCUUAUCAAGUUGUGGUGGCCGCAACUCGUGAUUUGGGCAUUGGAAAGGAUGGCGAAUUGCCCUGGAGGUUGCCGUCUGAUCUUAAAUUUUUCAAGGAGAUAACGACAGCGACUUCGGAUGCUGCGAAGAAAAAUGCUGUUGUGAUGGGAAGGAAAACUUGGGAAAGUAUUCCUCCUAAAUUUCGACCUCUGCCUGGUCGUCUUAACAUCGUGCUGACUCGAUCGGGGAAAUUCGUUCCUGCUGAUAAUGAAAAUGUGAUUUCUUGUGGGAGCAUUUCAUCUGCUUUAGAGUUGCUUGCUGCAUCUCCAUUUUGUUCUUCAAUAGAGAGGGUGUUCAUCAUUGGGGGUGGAGAAAUAUUCAAGGAAGUAUUUAAUGCACCGGAAUGUGAAGCCAUUCACAUGACCGAAAUUGAGGCUAGCAUUACGUGUGAUACUUUUGUUCCUCCGGUUGAUGUUUCAAUAUUCCGGCCAUGGUAUUCUUCCCUACCUAUGGUGGAAAACAAUGUCGGCUUUCGUUUUGUCACUUAUGUUCGCACGGUGAUGUCUGUACCUGAAACUGUUGACUCACAUCAGCUGGUGCAUUCUAAUGGAAGAUCUGUUCCAAGGAGGCCUAACAUUUCAAAUUUCUCUUUCUUGCCAAAAGUUAUCUUUGAGAAGCAUGAUGAGUUUAAGUAUUUGAGAUUGGUUCAAGACAUAAUUGUUAAUGGAAACGACAAAGAUGACCGAACUGGAACUGGUACUCUUUCAAAGUUUGGUUGUGAGAUGCGGUUCGAUUUGCGUAGAUCGUUUCCACUCAUUACUACUAAGAGAGUGUUCUGGAGAGGGGUGGUUGAGGAGCUUCUGUGGUUCAUUAGUGGCUCCACAAAUGCAAAUGUUCUGAAGGAGAAAGGGAUUCAUAUUUGGGAUGGGAACGCAUCCAGGGAUUAUCUGGACAGUAUUGGCCUGGUAGACAGGGAGGAAGGUGAUUUAGGACCAAUCUAUGGGUUCCAGUGGAGACAUUUUGGUGCCAGGUACACCAAUAUGCAUGCUGACUACUCAGGACAAGGGUUUGAUCAGUUAUUAGAUGUGAUAAAUAGGAUAAAAAAUAAUCCUAAUGAUAGACGAAUUAUCCUUUCCGCUUGGAAUCCUUCUGACUUGAAGUUGAUGGCUUUACCACCUUGCCACAUGUUUGCACAGUUCUAUGUUUCCAAUGGGGAGCUAUCCUGUCAAAUGUAUCAGCGCUCUGCAGAUAUGGGACUUGGUGUGCCAUUUAAUAUCGCAUCUUAUGCUCUGUUGACAUCCAUGAUUGCUCAUGUUUGUGAACUCGUCCCUGGCGACUUCGUCCAUGUGAUUGGGGAUGCUCAUGUUUACAAAAAUCACGUUAUUCCCCUUCAGGAGCAGCUUCAGAAAAUUCCUAGACCUUUUCCAAGGUUGAAGAUCAAUCCACAAAAGAAGGACAUAGAUUCAUUUGUGGCUACCGAUUUUGAGCUGAUAGGAUACGAACCUCAUCAGAAGAUAGAAAUGAAAAUCGCUGUCUAA